UGGCGGCGCGAUGGAGGUGGCGCGCGCGGGGCGCACGGCCGGUCUGGCGCGCGAUGUGCUGGAGCGCGCGCGCCGGCGCGCGGGGACCCCGGGCCCGGCCCCGGGACCGGAGGAAGAAUCCGAGCGUCUCAGUGCAGCCUUCGAUUCGAUCGUGAAGCUGAUGGGUAAAGCCUCAAGGGAAUGCGAGAAGUACUAUAGCUUCGUGGGAGCCCCGAGGUGCAAAGAGCAUGAAAUUAAACACAUCUGCAAAUACCACGGCAGGCAAGCAGAGGAAAGAGACGUGGAAGAAGAGAGGACUGAAGCUUCCAGAGCACCCAGUCGAGCUCAAGCUUGCCAGCAACGUACCAGACAAGCUUCCAAAGACUUGUAUAUCGAAGUUUCUCCUGGCAUCUACUCUGUCACAGCGAUCUCAGACGACAUGGUGCAACAAACCCUCGUAGUAGAUGUCAAUGCAGGACAAAGUGUUGAUGUAACUUUUGUUCUGUGA